UUUGACUUAACCGUUUCAGGGUUUUUAGUCCACGUUAGCAGCCAAGUCAUUUGCCAUUUAAUCUCGUCGAGUCACAAGCAACGCAUCAGAGCUCUGAUAGAAAUUAAAAAAUUGUAAAAAAAAAAGAAAAACGAUUUUAAUUCCUUGGUAAGAAGUUCGUAAUUGAAAUGCCUAGAACACCUACCGGUAAAGCAAGGAGCAACGGCGAGACGUCGUCCAAGAAGGAGAAAGUGGAGAAGAAGGACAAGCCGUCAAAGUCAUCCAAGACGUCUGUACCACCACCGAAGAAAAAGAUGAAGUGCUCCUCGCCGCCCAGCUCGGCCAGCAGCGAUAGCGACACCGAUUCCACCAACAGCGGCUCGAGCGUCUCCUCAAGCAGCUCAUCAUCGUCGUCAAGCGAUUCGGAGAGUGAAACUGAAAAAAAGAAGAAGAAACGUGAACGUCGCUAUUCACUCCGGAAAAAAUCAACAAAGAAAUCAUCAAAGUCAACACCGAAGCGCAGUUAUUCGCGUAAAGCAUCUGGAGUACCAUCAGCCACGUCCACACCCACUCUGGCUUCGUCAUCGGCUCCCAUUUCGGUUCCCAUGCCAAUGCCAAUACCGUUACCAGUACCAGCUCCCCUGCCAACUCCGGUACCCGCUCCCGUGCCAGAGCCUGGAGUUCCUUCAUUUGCAAUUUGGUCGCCAGUUCCCAUCCAGAAGCAUCAGAGUCGCUGUGUUAAUCAUCGACGUACUCCUGAAGCCAGAAAUAGAAUCAUUUCUACCGCCAAGUCGCCAAGUUGCAAACACAAGAAGGAACUGGUUGGUAGAGCCAAGGACAAGGACAAGGAUAGAGAUCAGCUAUCAUCGGGAGUCAAGGCCAAAGGGCAAAGCCCACCAGCUCGUACCGGUGGCAAACAAACGGAGAAAGAUAAGGAGAAUUAUCAGCGUCAAGUUAUCAAGGUUAAGGAUAAGGAAUGCCCGAGGAUCAAGGACAAAGACAGGCGCUCACCAACUCGUCAAUCGGGAGUUUCCAGCAGCAAGGCACCUACCAAAAAUGAGAGGGAACGUGCAGGUUCACGGGCUCCACACCGGGAGAAGCGGCUUUUAUCGCAUUCACGGGAAAGGGAACGGGAUCGACGCUCCGUAAGGCGUUCAAUAGAGAGGCAUAGUAACAGAGACCGACGCUCAUCAUCAAGAAGAUCCCGGCCGAGGCGCUCCAGGUCACAAACGUCGCGCACUCCAAGUCCAUGGCGCUUAAGUUCGCACCGUUUGAAGACGGUACGCCUGCAUAUCAAGGGUCUGACCCGUCAGGUGACCAAGACGCACAUUGUCGAGAUCUUUGGCAGCUUUGGGCCCUUGACCAACGUUGAUUUUCCCGUCAAUCAUUAUCAUCAGGGAAAUAACUAUUCUCGAACCGGGCGUGGUUUCGCAUUUGUCGAGUUUGCAAAUCCCAAGGACUGCGAGACUGCCCUCAGGAGCAUGGACGGUGGCAAGAUCGAUGGCCAUCGGAUCAUCGUAUCGCCCUUUCAAGCUAACAUGCUCCGUUUGCCCAUGCGCAGGCGCAAUCCCUCACCUCUAAUCGUACGCAAUCACGAUAGAAACUACUGAAUCCUGGACUCAAGAUGGAACACGGGACAUUCCCAACUAUACGAAGCAGCACAUCCAUAUUGACCAUUGCAUCAUUUGUGACACGUGGAAUAUUCAUAAUAAACAGUAACAGCAGA